AUGUCUGCCGACGGAGAAGCUCUCGCUAAUGCUACCAAUGCAGUCCCUACCAUUAAGCGUCUAGAGGAGGCUGUUGUUAAUAGGAUCGCUGCAGGCGAGAUUAUUCAUCGCCCAGCUAAUGCUCUUAAAGAGCUCAUUGAGAAUUCGUUGGAUGCCAAAUCUACCACCAUUCAGAUCUCUGUGAAGGAUGGGGGACUGAAACUUCUCCAAAUUCAAGACAAUGGCCAUGGCAUCAAGGUCGAAGAUAUGGGGAUCGUUUGUGAGCGAUUUACCACGAGUAAACUUCGUACCUUUGAUGACCUAUCGUCUAUGUCUACUUAUGGCUUUCGGGGCGAGGCACUUGCAAGUAUCAGCCAUGUUGCACAUGUCACCAUAACAACAAAGACCAAGGAUUCUAACUGUGCCUACAAAGCAUCCUACUCAGAUGGGGUAAUUGUACCCGCCAAGCCAGGAGCUACUGCAGAACCAAAACCGUGUGCUGGUAACAACGGUACUCAAAUAUCAGCCGAAGACUUAUUUUAUAAUGUUCCUACGAGACGGAACGCCCUUAAGAACCCUACGGAAGAGUAUAAUCGUAUUUUGGAUAUUGUCAAUCGUUAUGCAAUCCAUAAUGAGGGCGUAAGCUUUACAUGUCGAAAGGUUGGAUCGAACACACCGGAUGUUCAUACAACAACUACUGCGACUGUGCUUGACAACAUUCGGACGAUAUAUGGCUCUGCUGUAGCUAAUGAGCUGUUAUCAUUGGAGCAAAAUUUCCCGGUCUUUUCCCUGAAGAUAAAAGGAUGGAUUUCUAACGCUAACUACAGUGUCAAGAAAUUUGCUUUCCUCUUAUUCAUUAACCAUCGAUCUGUGGACUCUCCUGCUAUUCGGAAAGCGAUCGAGGCCGUGUACGCGGCAUUUCUUCCAAAGAACACACAUCCAUGGGUCUAUCUUUCUUUAGAAAUGGAUCCUAGGAAUGUUGAUGUAAAUGUACAUCCUACAAAGCGCGAGGUUCAUUUUAUGAAUGAGGAAGAGAUCAUAGAAACAAUCUGUGGCGCAAUCCAGAACCGAUUGGGAGAUGCCAAUGUCUCCCGUAACUUUUUGACACAAACUUUAUUGCCACAAGUAGCCGUGAGAGCCCGUACUGAAGAGGCAUCGUCUAAAAAACCAUCACAAAAACUUUAUGAAUAUGAUCAAGUUAGAACAGAUAGUCGUGCUCAAACACUGGAUUCAUUUUUAAUCUCUGCUUCACCAUAUACCACCAUUACUUCCUCAUCAAACAAACGCCUGAAGAUUGGUGUCGAACAACUGGUAGAUAUCGAGGACAACAGCGAUCAAGAGAUGGAUCAAUCGAAUGGAAAAACUGUUCAGAGUCGAGACAAAAGAACAGCUUUCGAUGAUAGUGAAGACGAAGACAUUACUUCUACAUCAUCGGGGGCACGAGGCUCAUUGUUGAAAAACAUUGGUCAAUACAAAAACAGCACACUUGAGCGAGGGGCACAAGGACGAACUCACACUUCACCACAGGGAGCUGGGACCGCGAAACUCUUAAAAAGUAGCGAUUCAUCAAACUCAAGAACAAAGACAAAACAUCAACGUAUUGAGGUCAAGUUGACGAGCGUACUUCAAUUACGAGAAGAUAUUCGAAAGCAAGGGCACCCUAUCCUUACCCCAAUCUUUGCAAAUCACGCCUUUGUAGGUAUACUGGAUAACCAGCGUGGUCUGAUUCAGAAUGAAUUGGCACUUUAUCUAGUCAACUAUGAAGCUAUCAGUGAGGAGCUGUUCUAUCAGAUAUGUUUGCGCGACUUUUCAAAUUUCGGCUAUAUUCGACUGACGACACCAGCACCGAUUAAAGACCUUGUUAUGAUGGCUCUCGAUGAAGAACAGGAAUUAAUGGAAGGAGGCACAUGGCCGGAAGAGCUGAAGUCCAAAGAAGAAAUUGCUGAGACCGUUAAAUCCCAUCUUGUCACCAGAAGAGAAAUGUUGCGAGAGUAUUUCUCAAUAUGCAUUUCAGACAAUGGCGAUCUAACUGCUAUUCCAAUGAUGCUAAAAGGAUAUGUUCCAAAUCUUGAGAAGCUACCUGAUUUCCUUUGGCGAUUAGGAUCAGAGGUUGAUUGGACAGCAGAAAAGGCAUGCUUCCAUACCGUGGCAAGGGAGCUUGCCAUCUUUUACAGUACCCAACCCGAAUAUGUAGAAGACGACAUCGAUGCUGAUAGGGAUAGUGAGGACCAUGUCGACGAUGAAGAAAGUUUACAUGAUAGAAAGUCACCACAGGACAUCCGGGAUAUUCAGUUCCGGCACAUGGUUUCAUCUACUAUCUUCCCAGCCUUCAAAAGGAGCUUCAUUCCUCCAAAAGCAUUAAUUGAAAAGUCGGGCAUGGUUAUCCAGGUUGCACAAGUUAAAGAUCUUUAUAAGGUCUUUGAAAGAUGUUGA